AUGCUUAAUAGGAAGUUUGUUUUUAAAGUUCAGAUUUCAAAGUUUAAUCUUGAGAACAAUUAUCAUGCCUGCACCGUUCAUAAGAUGAAUGAUGAUGAACUUGUAGUUGGUGCAGUUUUCAAACAUUCACCUGCAUACGAUGAAAACAAUAUUCAUUCUGAUGAAAAGAGUGUUUCUGUUGAAGGUGACAAUAUCAAUGUUGUUGAUAUUGAUCCGGUGACACCGACAACUACUUCAUUGAAAUGCCCUAUUGAGAUUGUUACCACCACUGAAUCAUUUGAAUGGUCUUCCUCAAAAGAUGGUGUUGCUCCUCAUACCCUUAAGAUUCCAAAAAUGGAAAAACUCGAACAAAUUCAGCAUUUAUGA